AUGGCAAAAUUCCCAUAUUCUUCCCGCACCAGGAUACAUGGACGUCUCCCGCGCACUCGCGCUCGGCUCCUCGCUGAGUCGCUGCUCCUCCCGAGUCCCGACUCCGAUGCCAAUUACUACGACAUCGAUGACAUCCUCACGGAGGAUGAGCCUAUUUCAGUUGUUUUCCAAGUAACUGCCAAUGGUGUUGGCCUGCUAGAUCCUGGUGCUGAAAGUAACUGUGUCGAAAAGGGUGCCAAGGUGGACCUCCCAUUUUGGCUUGCUCAUGGUCUGCUAACUCUGGAACAAGCGGUGUCAAUAAAUCCACCUCCAUGCUUCACACAGAGAACUUGGAAGGAGAUCCAAGCUGAUGCAGCCUGUGUGGAUUUGAGGGUUCUUUGCCCAUACUUUUAUGAGUUAGGAUGCAAGAUUGUUCCUUUUAGGUACAAAGAGGUUCUAAGCAAGUCUCACAGUUCUUCCAUGAUGACAAUGCCCAAAUUCGUUCCACGCUUUACAAAAGAAGAAAGUCGAGUGUUUGAAUCUGCUAGAGAAUCGAUGGCUGCUUUCAAGAAAUGGCGAGCCGGUGGAGUGAGGCUGCAGAAGGCUUCCAUUCUUGGCCGAAAGAGGAAGACAAAGCUGCAUGAUGGACAACCUACUCCUUGA